AUGGUUCUCAAGGCUACAUCGAUUCACACCAACUUCCUCUCCAGUGGAGAACGAUACACUACUGAUGACGCUUCCGCUUCAGCACAGCCAGCUCAGCACGAAGACGUUGGCACUACCUCCAACCAUGUCUCACCGCAACGACCAGCACAAUCCCGCAAGAACAGCCUUUGGAGCCGUAAGAGUCGGGAGCAGCCUCGCAAGCAAGUAGCUCUACCCGAGGGCGCAAAAGAUGAGAACAUCAUUCUUGUCGUCUGGGAUGGCGAGAACGACCCGGAAAAUCCGAUGAACUGGUCCAUCGGUCGCAAGUGGCUCACCACCGCCCUCCUUUGCUCCAUGUGUCUUUUCAUCGGACUUGCCACUGCUGCCUUCUCUACCGGUAUCGCUCCUAUGACCGACGAGCUUGGUGUUUCCACCGAAGUUGGUCAAGUCGGCAUGCUUCUCUUCAAUGGAGCUUUCUCCAUCGUUCCACUCUUCCUCGGUCCUCUUUCCGAGUUUGUCGGUCGUAACCCUAUCUAUUUAGGCUGCUACGCGCUUUUCACCGUCUGGUUCAUUCCCCUCGCUCUCGCCAAGAACAUUGAGACCGUUCUCGUAGCUCGAUUCCUUAGCGGUGCUUUCGGUGCUGCUGGUACUACCAUCAUUCCCGGUACACUUGCUGACAUCUGGAAGACAAAGCACCGUGGUCUUCCCGUCGCUCUCUUCUCGCUUGUCGCCGUCGCCGGUACCGUCGGUGCUCCUCUCUACUGCGGUUACAUUUUGCAGGAGAAGGGAUGGCGAUGGAUCCAGUGGGUACAGCUCAUCGUCAACGGUGCCGUUGUCAUUCUAGAGUUUGUCCUCCUUCGCGAAACUCGUGGCUCUGUCAUCCUUGCUCGCCGCGCUCAGAAGCUUCGUAAGGACACUGGAGAUCAGCGAUACCGAGCACCCUCUGAGCUCGAGGCUCCUUCGCUCAAGGCUUUGCUCCACGCUUCGACUACUCGUGCUGCUCUCUUGCUCGUCUCGGAGCCCGUUGUCUUCUGCUUUUCGCUCUACAUUGCCUACGCUUGGGCUCUCAUCUUUGCCUUCUUCUCGGCCAUCCCUAUCGUUUUCCAGGAGAUUCACGGCUGGGGUGUUGGCAAUGGAGGUCUCGCCUACAUUGGUCCCUUGAUUGCUUGUUUCCUCGCAUUCGGUUUGUCGUUCCACGGCAAGUACCUCUACGACCGAGCACAGACUCGCAACGGCGGUGUUGCUGUCCCCGAAGCUCGUCUAUACUACGCUGCCGUUGGUGGUAUCUUGGCCACCAUCGGCAUGUUUAUCUUUGCUUUCACUUCCUACAAGCACGUUCACUGGAUUGCACCCGAAAUCGCCCUCGUCCCUUUGGUAAUGGGUAUCUACCAGAUCUUUGAAGCUAUCCAGAACUAUCUUGCUGAUGCUUAUGGAUCGGAAUACGGUGCUUCAGCUAUCUCGGCUCAAGGCUUUGUUCGAAACGCACUCGCUGCUUCCUUCCCCUUGUUUUCCACUCAGAUGUUCCACAACCUGACAGUACCCUAUGCUGGUUUGUUGUUGGCAUGUUUGUUGUUAUUGGCAGUGCCUCUACCGUUUAUUCUGAUCAAGUACGGUGCAACGAUUAGAGCAAGGAGCAAGUAUGCAGCGAGCGAUGACACUGAAGAUGGCGGUCCCGUAUUUGGGGCCAAGCGGGGAGAUGUGGAGAAGCAGGGGGGCGUUAGUGGCAAUCCUUCAAGUGCUAGUGUCGAUCACACUAGAGUGCAUACCCCGACUCAGGGUUUGGAGGGUGCUUCGGAGAAAGGUAGUGACGGAGAAAGGUGGUGA